CAGACAGACUGCGAGGAUCGCUGAUGAGCUGUGUAUGCAGGCAGAUUGAGGACUUAAGGACGCGACAGCGGUGGACGGGAUUCGCGAUUACUAUUGAUUCCGAUCCAGAUUAGGCGCAGACUCAUCACCAGCUCACAGCUUUGCUAUCUUGGAUUUGAAACUGGGAUCAAAUGUGAGGAAUGUGUCACGUCAUUAGAAGGAGGGGGUCAGUCAAAGAGGAUGAUUGAUAGUACAUCUACGUCUGCCGCCUGGCUUUGUUUGCUCCCAGUUGGAGGAGAAAUGCUGCAUUAAUCAGCUUUCUUUUUCACUCUUGCUGGUGGCCGCACCAGAUUGGGAUUGGCCCUGAUGAUCACAAGGACCCCCCUCCUCCUCUCUUCAGCCAAUCCUGGAGGGGUUGCAGAGCUGAUGUCUCAGAGGGCAAGAGGGUAUUUGUGUUCUGGAGUCCUGAAGAGACAAGCAACAUCACGAUAAAUGGAGGAGAAGGAGCGAUGUAGGAGCAGGUCUCCAGCUCGGAGGGCGAGUCGAGUGCAGCAGGUGGUGGGAACAAUAAUACGCCGCACGCGGGACUCACUCAGCAGGGAGCGGUUGCUAGGCGAUGGGAGGUCACAGCGCUCGAACAGUCUGUGCAAUCAGAACUUCCAGGCCAAGCUGACACUGCAGAUCACGAGGGACCCGGUCCUGGACAGCAGCACCGGACAUGGCUUCACCCUCACCACAAACGCACCCCUGCUGGUCAGGGACAUCGCCACAGGGAGUCCUGCAGAUGGGAUACUGUACCUUGGGGACCAGGUGCUGCAGAUUAAUGAUGCAGUGCUGGAGGAUUUGAGCACUGAGCAGGUGGAAAACAUCUUAAGGACCCUGGAGGACUGUAUAAAUGUGACUAUCCUGCGCCACAUGACAAAUCCCAAGUCGUCCAUCAUGUCGGCAGAGAAGAGAGCCCGCCUGAGGAGUAAUCCAGUUAAAGUGCGCUUUGCAGAGGAGGUGGUGGUCAACGGGCACACUCAGGGAAACUCUCUUCUCUUCCUGCCCAACGUCCUAAAAGUCUAUUUAGAGAAUGGACAGACCAAGGCCUUCAAGUUUGAUGGUACCACCACUGUCAAGGACAUUGUUCUCACUCUGAAGAAUAAACUGUCCAUCCGAGCCAUCGAGAACUUUGCCCUGGUGCUAGAGCAACAGUACAGCAUCACCAAACUCCUGCUGCUGCAUGAAGACGAGCACAUACAGAAGGUGGUGCAGAAAAAAGACUCCCACGAUUACCGGUGUUUGUUCAGGGUGUGUUUCAUCCCCAGAGACCCCGUGGACCUGCUGCAGGACGACCCCUCCACCUUUGAGUACCUCUUCUUACAGAGUGUGGCGGACGUGCUGCAGGAGCGCUUCGCAGUAGAGAUGAAGUGUAACACGGCGCUCCGUCUGGCCGCGCUGCACAUGCACGAGAGACUAGACAGUUGUGGACAGACCAGGGCUUCUAUCAAGAGCAUCACGAAGGAGUUUGGCCUGGACAGCUUCAUCUCUCCAACACUGCUGAGCAACAUGAGGGAGAAAGACUUGAGGAAAGCCAUCAGCUACCACCUCAAAAAGAUCCAGUCCCUGCUAGAGCCACGUCAGAAGGUAAUAUCUGCUUCUCAGGCUCGGUUGGCCUACCUCACUCAGCUGGGAGAGCUCAUUUCAUACGGAGGACGAUCUUACACAGCUACCAUGAUGCUUCAAGACAGGGAGGUGCUGGUCAGCCUGCUGGUUGGAGCUAAGUAUGGAAUGAGUCAGAUCAUCAACCACAAGCUCAAUGUGAUCUCCACUCUGGUCGAGUUCAGCAGCAUCAGUCGAGUGGAGUUGCUCUCGGAGUCUGACAAAGUCAGCCUGCUGCGCAUCUCACUGCAUGACAUGAAGCCAUUUGCCUUACUGAUGGACUCUCUGGCAGCCAAAGACUUAGGUUGUCUGCUGGGAGGCUACUGCAAACUCAUGGUGGAUCCCAAUGUCAAUGUCUUCCGUCUGGGGCGCCCAAAAGUGAGGGUGCACCGGAUUCCUGCUGAAGAAGGUGUGUGUGGGAGGUUCGGCGUAAUAGAGGGCGUGUGCUAUGAAUCCCUAUCAAGUUAUGUGUCUCGGUGCUGCAGUGACUCCGAGGACUCAACAGAUGAAGACGACCCAAUGGACUCCCAGCGUCCGGACCCUGCGAGUCAGGACUGGGAAGAGAGAAGGAGAGAGGAGGAAGAGAAGCGGAGAGAGGAGGAAAGGAAAGAGAGAGAGGAGCACCAAGGCAGACAGGAAGUGAAGAUAAUAGUGACAACAGAAGGUAAGGAAAAUGAGGACGAAGAGGAAGCGGGGGCAACGGGAUGCACGAUACGCAAAUUCGGUGUAAUAGAUGAGGAAAUGAACCUGGGCACCACGUGGUACCACACUGACCCACGGGUAACCAGCAGCUUCUCCAGCUUGUCCAGUGGCUCCUUGAGUGCUGCACUGGAGGAAAGCAGCGCCUCAGCUAAAGCCCCAUCUCACAAAGAUGCACUCCAUGGACACUGCACCGUCGACGACCUUCCAGGUUUGGACGUUCACCACCCCUACCUCUUAGAGCCAAAACGCCACCAGGGCCCCCUGCGACCCACCAACCUAAACUACCGGGGCAAUGACAAUUCAUGCCUUUGCUUUGCGGAACUCUCCAAGUCUGACUUCCUGCCGAGUCCACCCGAGGCUACUAGUGAUGACGAGGAGGAUGACGAUGAGGAGCAGGAGGAGCAGGGAGUUGAGGGACUCAGACGCAUUUCCAAGAUUCCCAGCUCGAGAGAUCUGCGGUUGAUUGACAGCACACCAUUUCAAAGAUCGCCAAUUAGGAAAAAGAAGAAGAUCCCCCCCAAAGUCCCACUGAGGACAAGUUCAAUUCCAGGGCACAAAGCAGGAGAAGCUGAGCAGCGGCUCUCCAAGGAUGAAGAGAGUCUAUACCUCACUCCUUCACCCAACCUUAAACCAGCUCUUUUAGCCAAAGAGACUGCUUCGGAGUCUGAGGAUGAGUUUUUUGAUGCACAAGAGAGAUUUACACCCCCAGUUCCUGAUCUUUCAGAUGCUGAACUGGCUGACAGGAAAAAUGCUAACAGGCUUAGUGGAACCUGGAAUGAUGUUUCAGUUGCCCCAGUGAGAGAGUCUUCUUCCCCCCUUGCCAGUAAAACCCAAACCUCAAAAAUCAAGAAGGACGUGGAGACCCUUAAAGGGCCAACUAAUCAGCUCACCAACCAUCAGUCCAAUUCACCAAAGCGAUCACAGAAACCUGAAGUUAAAGUCAAACCACCACUGGCACCUAAGCCCCAGCUGCUUCCCAAACCUCAGAAUAUUCCUCCCAGGUCCCCCCAGCAUGGGAGAUCAUACGCCCACUGCAAUGGGGAUGCCUCUGGACGUUUGUCUUCGGAACUCCUGGAAAUGGAGCCAGACACCAUGGAGUUCAAAUCUGUCACGUCUGGUGCCGGUGGACUGCCUCUGUCAUCACCUUUGAUCACGGCAGUCCGGUGCAGCAAGCAACCCCUGCCGGUCAGAACACCACAAACAGAGGAAAAGAGAAUGGGAGCGCAUGAGAACGGAGCCGAUUUGGUUGCCAAACAUGAAGCAAACGUCCCCGAUAAAAAGGAAACGGUUAAAGUUGAAAGGCAAGCCAAUGGGACUUCCAUACGUGCAAACAAGCCACCAAACCUAUUCCCCAUUCCUCCAUCUAAUUCAGGUACAAAGCCAGCUGCCCCCCCUCCAGUGCCGCCGAAACCUAAUUCUUCUACUAUUCGCCAUCCCCUCUCACUACCUGCUAGCUCCCCAGUUUCUCCUACAGACCCGAACAAAGGGAUCUUCAAGGAAAGCAUAAAUCCCCCAAAUGGAAUCCAUCCUUGGAGCAACCGUAACGGCAGCAUCCCAUCAGGACCACGGAGGGUCUCUCAGAGCCACGAGAGCCUGUCGCCCAAAAAUACAGAUGCACCUCUCUCCCUUACCACCUCCCUUACCUCUACUAACUCUAAAGGUGUUGCAGGCCUCCAAAGCAAAGAGCCGGGAAGAUCCGAUUCGGGGUCAGAUCUGAGGACCAGCUCCUCCAGCCUGGGAGGGAGGCUACCAGCCUCUGCUCUGAGAGGGAAAAUCCAGGCUCUGCCAUGGUACAUGACCCGUUCCCAGGAGAUAUUAGGAACUCUGGAUUAUCCCUCCACGAGUUCCAUCAACGGAGACACAUCUGGCUUUGGAUCUGGAUUGUCUGUAGCAAGUGGUUUAUCAGACUUAAACAGAACCCCUGUCAAGGAGAAAGACGCAGGCUCCAAAUCAGGGGGGAAAGUGAACAUAUUAGAGGAUGGAGCUGAGGUUGUCAUAGCAACUAUCAAAGAGGCCCAGGAUGUGACCUCACACAUGAAGAAGGCCAACGGGACAAAUGGCUCACAUCCGAAUCUGAACUUCAAAGUGAAUAGUGCACACAGUGGCAACGUUUCAUCGGAGCAGCCUCAGUCGCGACCCCACUCAGCAGUGGGAUUGGGAGGCGUGUCCAGCAUGCAAAUUGGUGGUGACUCGCCGACCUCCACACAUGCAGACAGUACUCCACCACAGGAGCACCAGGAGGUCUGUAGCUGCCGCACUGUCUAUGCCAACUGCUUCAGUGGAGACACAGAGGAUGGCAUUAGUUUCGACGAGGAGCUCACUGUUUACGAGUUCUCGCGUCGCACGCGGCCAAAACCUACCGGGCAGACGCCUGUCCCCUCUCCCACAAUACCGCCUCCAAAACCCAAUAUUUUGUCCCUGCUCAGAGACAACCCCCGGCCACUCUCUACAUUAUCCACUGCCUCCUCUGAACUCAGUCCUUUAGUUUCACGCCCAGUUUCCCCUACAGCCUCUUUCGGCAAUCCUCUUCGGUCUCUCACUAACAAGAAUUACAGCGGGCUGAAGGGAGGUUUCGCCUCCCUUCGUCAAGAUAUCGAUCAACUUCUCCUGGUCUUAGAGUGUGGGACGCUUGAGCAACAACAAACUUUAUGUCAAGACUCAAAGCAGGCUUUCAAAAAAGUAGGGCCGGACCUAAAUCACAAUGGAACUGAAGACGGUACUAGCCCAGCAACGGGCUCAAACUGCACGGGGACGAGUCCCAUCUUCAUGACAGAGGCCGAGCGGAGUCUUCUCCAAGCCGAGGCUCGACGGCUGGCGUCCGGGUGUCAACGGGCCACACGUGUAGGCUGGGCCCCCGAUGAAGCCUUACGUUCUUUAUCCAACAGCUUCAGCGCUCUGGUUCAAUUGUCCGCUGCCUGCUUGCGAACAACCUCCUGCGCUGGCUGUGACUUUUGCCAUAAUGCGAGUCUGGUGCACGGAGAUGAGGACAACGACUGUCAGCAGCCAAUGGAAAAGCUAAAGGAGAUAGUGGGUCUGUACCGAGAGUUUGUUGGGGCUGUCGAGACAGCCGGAACUGGUGCUAAGAGUGUAGGCGUCACUGGGUCUGGACUGGGUCAAGGGGAAACUGAUGGGGUGAGACUGUUGGCAAAACGCUGCACUGUGCUCAUCUCCUCUGUGUUCGCGCUCACGCAGCUCUUCCGGACACGCACGCUAGAAUCGGACACACCCGGUGCCCGUGUACCUCUCAACUUCUGACCUGUGAACUUUUUACCCACUAAUAAGCCACUGACUCUGAAGGCAGGAGGAGAUGAGGAAACAGCACAGAGCUAACUGGCGCGUGACCCCUGUUAUCUUGUACUGUAAGUGCCAUGCACACCACAGCACACACACACACACACAUGGAAACCACACACCAAACAAAGUGAGGAAACGUCAUUGCUUGGACUCUUCUUGGACGCAUAUGGACUAUGCAUUUGUACAUACAAAUUUUAUAAUUAUAUUAUGACUAUCUUAUUUUAUGAUACAAUGUGUGUAUGUAUGUAAGGACGGAUUACCCUCGUAUGUAUUUAUGUAUUUAUUUUUACAAUAUUUUCACCGUGGUCUGUGAUGUGCAGGUCUCUGGUGGGAAAAAAACAAAACAAACCUAUGGAUGUCACUGGAAUUUUUAUUUCGUUUUUUUUUUCUCUUUGAGGUGGUGUGAUUUUACCUUUUUGCUGCUUUGAAGAUUUUCUCCACUCCGCAAGGUGUAAUCUGUAAAUUGUCUUUUUUUUUUUUUUUUUUUUUAAUUUAUAGCUACAGUAUAUUUUAUUGAAAAUUGCAGAAUAAUACACUUUAACACACACACACCUGUGAAAUACAGUCACAGGCUGAUUUGCUUUGUAUCUACAGGGAUCACAUUUUUUUGUUUUUCUUGUUAAGGAUUUAGUUUUUCAACAUCACAGUCACACACGAAUUGGACAAAGACAAACAUACCAUCACAGCGCAGGGAGAUCACAUUUGACUGUUACAGAUUGCACCUUUUUAUGAGACACAUACCCGUGUGUGAAGUGUUUUUUCUACCCCCUUUGGCCCAGAGUGUCCCGACUGACUCUGAGUGAAUGCUUCUCAGUAAUACUCUGAUUCCCCCAAAUGUAUGCAGUAUUAUUAUUAACAUUACUCUAGUUUUCAUCCACUACAUACACGUAUAUUUUAAGGGAAUGUGUGGAUAGGGUUCAGGGGGGGCCAAAACAGGGGACCUUAAUUGUGUAGUUUAAAAAAAAAAAAAAAAAAAAAAAAAAAUUGACUUGCCAUAAGUGUGACUGUUAAACUCUGUAAAGAUGUAGCAAAAAUCCAAAGUCUUAAAACACUGAACCACAACUGCUCCCCACUACGUGUUCCUCCUUGUGAAAAGCACCCCAGAUCGAUCAAUAACUCUUAGAUAUACGUUCAUGUCUGUGUCCUCUUUCAUCUCUACCUAAGUUUAUGGCUAUGCAAACAUAAACUCUUCGGCACCACGUCGCACUCUUAUUUUCACGCGCUAACGUCAUAAACAACAAUAGCUGCAUUAUGUUUGUUUGAAUGUUGGCUUUUUUUGUCUUGUUGUAAAUGUUCUGCAUUACGUUUCGCGACCACUCUGCAAAGUUGCAUGGCAUGUGGAUUUGUCAAUAGUGAGUCUACUGUCCAGGUUAAAAGACUGCACUGCAUCGCUCGACCGGUUAUGUACAGUGUUCAUUGAUCAGUGUCACAUGAUGAUGACGUGACGAGCCGUUUGAUUUGAAGGAUUUACUCGCGCCACCUGCAACAACAGGAAGGUAAAUUAAGACAAAGCAGCCAGCAAAUGCCUAUACUUAAAAAGAUUAGCUGAAAUAAAGAUUGCCUACAUUUUCAGUGGCAGCUGGUGAGGAGACAGAUAUUUAAUCUUUAAUAAUAAUAUUAAUAAUAAUAAUAAUAAUAAUAAUAAUAAUAAUAAUAAUAAU